UAUUUUAUUUCCGCUAGUUUUAUCGGUAGCUUUACGCUGACGCCUUGUCAGUGUUGACGCUCAUAUUCGCUCCAUGACCAGAAAUAGCGGACCCGGGAUCGGAAUCCGGAGCCAGACCGGACACUUCUGGACCCAGAUUUGUCCACAAGGUCUAAAGCUCCAUGAGACAGUUGUCAGACGGUGCCUAAGGCCCAGUCAAGUCAGUGACUGAAAAUAAACUGUGUAGGAACCAGAACCAUGUUGACCAAGAAAGUCCGCACCGAGUACAUGAAGAAGUUCCGAGAUCCAAAGUGGGAGACCUUCUCUAAGUGCUACGAGGACUCCCUGAAGUACCGUCUGACCCGGCGGCUCAUUGAACAGUCCCACAAGCCCUGGUUCUGGGAGGGCUGGGACAGUGGCUCUGACUCCAGUGGCUGGUCCACCCCCAGGCUGAAUCAGAACAAGGUGACACCUCUAUCACUCCCACCGCCUGAGGUGAGACAGAGGCUGUGUGAGCUGAUGAGCAGUUCUGGACCGGAGGAUGGAGGAGGAGGAGGAGCUGUAGACGCCGAAGCUGCUGUGGAACACAGAGUGACUGAAGGCAGCAGCGGGUCAGUACCCGCUGCUCCAAAUGUCAUCCAUCCCUCUGAAGACACUGAGACCGACAACGGGCCGGUGGACUCUGCCUCCUCUAACGGAGGGCCGGCCAACCCUGCACCAAAGCGCCGCCAACGCCGUCAUGUUGCUCGAUCAGAGUCGGAUCCCCAAGAAAGCUCGUGCGAUGACAAAAAAGCUGUGGCACGAAAGCCGCCAAGAGCCAAAAGUCAGCCCGCCAUCAGCAGCAAGGAGAAGGAAAACCGUAAACCCUCCUGCAGACUGGACUGGACCAAGAGACAAGUGGAGGUCAGGAGGAUGACCAACGAUAACCAGAAGUUGGACACCUGUGUUCCGACGCGGCGAGACUCUGAUAGGAAGAGGUCCACCGUGGACCGCCGCAGGGCCCGGUCAGCGGAUCUGGAGAAGAUGAGAAAGUCUCAGCUGGUGGUGGUGGUGGACGAGCGCUGGAUGACGGAGUACAUGCGCUGCUUUUCUGCCAGAAUGAGGUAGAGGCCGGUCAUCAUAAACCCCACCCCUGGAAACCUCACCUGACGACCGCCCACUUAGAUCCAUGUGAUCUGGUUACAGUCUUUCCUGUUCAUCUGGGUCACAGUAAAAGUCCUUUUUUAAUUUCCACAGAGAACAGUGAGUCAUGUCACCAUCAACAUACAGGAAGGGCCCAUUUCAAGUAUGAGUUAUCGAAGUCAGACGCUGAUGAUGUCACCAAUUUGUCGAUGUCACCUGUGAACAAACAGAGAAAAAUGUCUUUCUAAACUUUCUACACAAAAACCUAAACUCUCUGAAUGUUUCCAAACACACAGCUUUUGACAGAGUGUUUUUUCAGAUUGUAUUUCUGUAUCGAUGAUUGAUAAAGAUUUAAAUGUAAUAUCAAGAACUAUCAGUGGUUAAGAAGAUAACAGAAUAAUUAGAUUUAUGUGAAAAAUAUUUUUAAAGAGAAAUGUAUAUUUAUCUGUCACUCAAUAAUCCAUGAAAACAGCAGGAUUUAAUCUGUUUUUAUAUUAUUAUUAAUAGUAUAAUUUUGUUUGGACUGUUUUUACUGAAAAGCACUGAAAUUUUUAAUCUUUUAUUCUCUUUAAUCAGAGAAAAACAGAUGUGAAGAAUUUUCAAAGACAAAAGCUGCACUGUUUACACAAAAAGUCACCAGAACUGUUUAAAGUAAAAACACCUCAGACCACAAACCUUUCACUGCUGCGUACCGGGUGUUUAUUUUUUUGGUUGUUGUUGUUUUUUUUUUUUUAGUACCAAACCCUUUUCUACAGUAGGAACCAAAAGAUUGGAACUGCAAGUAACAGGAACUGAAAGAAGUAUCAAGAACUCUGUGAAGUUCGUCCAAUGGAACCACUGAGGACCAGAUGUCCUACCAAAUACAAAUUUUUCUCAACACCAACAACAUGUACGGGACCAGGUACCAGUAUCUACAGACAGUAACAGGAACUAUGCGUCUCCCCAAUGCAGGAACCAUCUUUCCACCACUUGAUCAAAGACCUAAUUUCUGGUAACUGGUACUGUCCAGUCUUCCUGGUACUGUCCAUAGUUCCUGGUACUUGCACAUUUAAAUCCCAUAUUUGGUCCCCCAGUAGAAGAAAACAGUGACAUCAUGUUGUUUUGUUGCAAGCAUUGAGAACAUAAAGCGAAAUGCUGUAUUGUGUCCACAAGGAGGCGCUGAUGAAUCACACAGUCAAGCUAAAAAAAAAAAAAAGCCGUUCAGUUACUCAGCUGAUACUCGUCUUAUUUAAGUUCCAGUGUGGCAGUACUUGUGGCAUCAGCUCCUAACUCUUGUAGAACGUUUCUAAAUGUCCAGGUACCGAUGAUUCUACAGCAGCUACAGACAGAGACUGUAGUCCAUUGGUAUAAAACUAAGGAUUUGGUGUUUGUGACUGUUGGUUUCUUGUGCAUGAGAUGAAAAUGUGUUAAUUCAACAUUUAUUUCAGUUUUGAAUUUAAAAAUCAGGAUUUAUCUGAAUUAUUUUCAUGUUUGAUGAUUGUACUUGAAGAAGUUCACGUGGACAUGCACGUGACUGGUCAGUAUCUUUGAUGUGCUGCUGUGAAAAAAAUAUUAAACCUAAAUAAAAUACUGUAUUUUGA